AUGGGCAACUCUUUGAGAUUGUCGCAGCGUGGUGGCUCUGGUUGUUGUCGGCGUCGCAGAUUAGAGCACAUAUCUGUCAAGGUGACUUCUGGGCGUGCUGACGUGCUGGUCCCGCGCAAUGUAAUCCCUGGUCUCACCAAAGUCGUGAUGAAGGACCAGGGGAAAGUCUCGGCGUUCCCGUUGCCCAAAGAGGCAGCUCCAGGUGACGUCUUGCGCAUUGCCUUCGAGCAGGAACAGGGCUGGCGCUGUGUGGUGGUGCGGCCUGGAGAAGCCAGGUGUCUGCGGGCAAUGGUGCCUGGAGAUGCGGUGCCAGGAGUGUCGGAGGUCCUGGUCAAGGCCCCUGAAGGAAUGCUUAGUAUGUUGGUGCCGGCCGCGGCGAUGCCUGGUGACACACUUGUCUUUACCAAAGGCCUUGCAUCAGGGUGGACAUGCCAGAUUCAAAGGCAACAUCGCGAUCUUGCGGCGCCAUCGCCUGUGGAUCCUUCCGAGGAUAUACAGAGGCAUGAGGAGCUCCAAAGGGCCCUGUGCGAAAACUCGGGGUAUUGGAAUCCGAAGAUUCAGAGAGCGAGCUUGAACAUGCUGGAGGUUCCUGGCGUUGUGGCCACUGCACCGGUGGCCGAGGGAGAGGUGCUCGCCACCUGUCCCCACGCGUAUCAUGUAUCUCCUCAUUUGGUCAGACAGCUGGACCCGGACCUUGCAGUUCUGGCGGCUAUGGUUGGACGUGAGGCCCCUGCUGACAAUCAGGAUAUUGAUAUUCUUUUGGUUGCUAUGUUCCUGGCAGGUUUAUUGGCUCAAUGCACGCAGGAUCGCGCUCGUUCUGGAUUAGAUGGUGUCCGAGGAAACAUCCUGCAUUCAUUCGCUAAGGUGCUUCUAUGUGAAACCUUUGCGCUGCAUCCAUAUAGACGUGCAGCCAGUGAUCCAGCGAGUUUCCGAAGAAGUCUUACUCCUUCUUGCGAGGCAGACUUGAUCGAGCGGUUGUCUUGGGGAGUGCUGGAACGAUAUCGCCUCAUAUGCGUAGAGAAGCCGCCGCGGUACUCUUCAGAAGAGUUCCUUCGCGCAUGGCUCAUGGUCAUCACGCGUGCCUUUGAAGUCGGUGGUACGCGCUCCACGCUGGUGCCUGGUCUGGACUGCUUCAACCAUGAUCCCAGCCGGCAAUGUGCCAAGGUGCGUCUGGACUCAUCGGGCGACAUGUGCCUGGAAGCCACACGCUGCAUUACACCAGGGGAAGAGAUCUUUCUGGAGUAUGGCGAGCUCUCCAACCCCAUGCUUUAUCGAACUUAUGGCUUCACGCUGCCAACGAAGGUCAACAUCCAAAGCUGUUUGGUGCUACCGAAUCGAGUGCAGCGAGUGCUGAACCAUCACCUUCCGUCCAGCCACGCGGGUCGCUUGCUGCAAUUGGACUCCAGCCGACUCCUUCCAGAACUCCGUGGUCUCAUGCAGGUGCGCGUGCUCGCCUGGUUGCUCUGGUUGUUGCAAAAGCACGAAAAACAGCAAAUGAGCCUCAGGCAAACCCCUUUGCACGGGCAAACCUCAGAAUUUCGGUGUUUAGGUGAUUGUUCAAUGGCAUUGUCUAAUGUUGAGGUUUCUAACGAUCGGACUGAGGUUGGUGGUUUCUGGCUUUCUCGUUUGCUGAAAAACCACAUUCAGCAAACGAGGACCCCAGAAACCACACACCGAGUAUCACUGUCCGAUCCUGUUACAUUUGCUGAACAUGGCUUUUUCCAAUGUUGA